CGGGUCGCGGCCACGGAGGCGGCGGCGGUGACAGUAUAUAAGGAGGUGCCGGCACUGUAAGCAGUCAGUGGCCGGAGCCUAGCGCCCAGCCUGCCGAUCGCCUCAUCCUGUGCGUUGAAGUUUGACAUCCACACGUUGAAGUUUGACAUCCACACCCUCCACGACCCCUCCCCUUCGCCCGGCCAUGCCCAGCAGGUUAACCCCGCUCGUCGGCGCCCUGACGGUGCUACUGCUGCUCGGCCAACCGCUGCUCCCCGCUACCCAGGAGCCGUGCGUGGCCGAGGUGACGCCGGUGCAGCUGAACGGGCGGGACGAGCACCCAGAGCUGGUCGGCACUGCCGAGCGGCGCCUCUACCGCCUAUUUGCCUUCGGCACCCCCUUCACCCUCCACCUGGUACCCGACUCCAGCUUCCUGGCCCCGGGCUUCAGCGUGCGGCGCUUGGGUGAGUCCCGGGAGCGGGACGAACCGUCUCUCCGCCGCUGCUUCUACUCGGGUGGGCUGCUAGGGAACCGGGGGUCGCGGGCAGCCGUCAGCCUGUGCGGAGGCAUCCGGGGCGCCUUCUCGGCCGGCGGAUACGACUACCUGAUCGAACCGCGGUCCGAUGGUCAUUCGCUACGGCGCCCUCACCGGCUGGAGUGGCGGGGCUGCCCGUCGACUCCCGUCCUGCCAGCGCUCCGCCCGCCCCAUAUUGAGCCGGACGGCCGCGCUCGCCGAUUCGUGUCCGAGGCGCGCUUCAUGGAGACGCUACUGGUGGCCGACGCGUCGAUGGCGAAGCGGCACGGCGACGGACUCGAACACUACCUGCUCACACUGAUGGCAAUGGUGGCCGGUCUUUACCGGGACCCCAGCAUCCGGAACCUGCUGCACGUGGUAGUGGUCAAGAUGCUGGUGGCGGGGAACGACGAGGAGGGUCCCUCCGUCUCCGCUAACGCCGGCCUCACACUGCGCCGUUUCUGCACCUGGCAGCGUCGCUUCAACCCGCCCAGCGACCUGCAUCCCGAGCACUACGACACGGCGCUGCUGUUCACCCGCCAGGACAUCUGUGGCCACAAGAGCUGCGAUACCCUUGGGGUGGCGGACACUGGCACCAUGUGUGACCAAAGCCGGAGCUGCGCUGUGAUUGAAGAUAACGGUCUUCAGGCAGCCUACACCACCGCACAUGAACUAGGUCAUGAAUUGAAUAUGCCUCAUGACGACUCAAAGGCCUGUGAUAAGCUGUUUGGCCAAAUGAAGUUAAACCAUGUGAUGGCCCCAUUGUUCAUUCGACUCAACAACACUCUGCCCUGGUCUCCCUGUAGUGCAUUUCAUGUUACAGAGUUCUUUGACAAUGGUCACGGAGACUGCCUGCUGGACGCCCCUGCUAAAUCGGUCUCGUUGCCCACCGAGCUGCCAGGGCAGGUGUAUGACUUGGACACACAAUGCCAGCAGAUCUUCGGAGAGGAGUACAGACACUGUCCAAACACAUCGGACUCCGACGUGUGCUCUCAGCUGUGGUGCAGGAUCGAGGAUAAGCCCGAGUGUCACACCAGAAAUGGAAGCCUCCUCUGGGGAGAUGGGACUCCGUGUGGACAAGACAGAAUCUGCAUUGAUGGGAUGUGUUUGCCCACCAAGAUAGUGAAUGCAAAGACUGUUGUGGAGGGAAGCUGGGGUUUAUGGAGCCCCUGGGGAGAAUGUUCCAGAAGCUGUGGUGGGGGUGUCCAGUUUUCAUUCAGAGAAUGUAAUGACCCAGUGCCCCAAAACGGCGGGAAAUACUGCGAAGGGCAACGGACACGGUAUCAAUCCUGCAAUACACAGGAGUGUUCCAACAAUAAUGGAAAGAGCUUCAGAGAGGAGCAGUGUGAAAGGUAUAACAGCUGGAAUUACAAAGACUUUAUUGGCAAUACAGUAAAGUGGACACCCAAAUACUCAGGCGUAUCCCCGAGAGAUCGUUGUAAACUCUUCUGCCGUGUCAGAGGAAGAAGUGAAUUUAAAGUAUUUGAACCCAAAGUAAUUGAUGGCACUCCAUGUGGCCCAGAAACCACGUCAGUUUGUGUCCAUGGGCAGUGUGUGAAGGCCGGCUGUGACCAUGUCAUUGGAUCCAGUAAGAAACUCGACAAGUGUGCUGUUUGUGGUGGGAAUAGCUCGACAUGCAGGAAGGUCACCGGCUCUCUGAAUAAAUCCAACUAUGGCUACAAUGACAUCGUUACCAUCCCUGCUGGAGCCACCAAUAUUGAUAUCAAACAGCGAAGUCACAAAGGAAUUAAGCAUGAUGGGAAUUACUUGGCUGUUAAACUGCUGGAUGAUACGUACAUUCUGAAUGGAGAUUAUUCUGUGAUCACGGUAGAACAAUAUAUUCCAUUUGGAGGGGCUAUUCUCAAGUACAGUGGCUCUUCGACCACACUGGAAAGAAUUCAGAGUUUCAAACAACUGCGGGAGCCACUGACAAUUCAGUUGUUGUCGAUCUCUACUGAUGCACUGCCUCCCAGGGUGAAGUAUAGCUUCUUCAUCACCAACGAUGUCUUACUGAGCAAGCAGAAAGCCAAGUCAACCAAGAAAUCUCCUAACGCCUUCAAGCAGGCCAUCGUCUCUCAGUACACUCCUGGAGAGUGGUCCGAAUGUUCUCGCAGCUGCGGGUCUGGUUGGCAGAGGAGAAACGUGGAGUGUCGGGACAAUGAUGGCAACGUGUCCUUGGUCUGUAACAAGGCAUUGGGGCCAGAAGGCAUCAGACCCUGCGCUGAUGUCCCGUGCCCACUUUGGCAGCUGGGCUCCUGGUCCUCUUGCUCCAGAACCUGUGGCGUUGGGGAAAGAAGACAGAGUGUGUUGUGUGUUGAAUAUACUGGCAAAACCACAGAAGAGAAUAAAUGCGACCCUUCCAAACGGCCCAAGCCCAUGACGGAAGAGUGCUUCCUGCAGGAAUGCUAAAUGUGGCUACAUUUUCUCAGUGGAAAGCAACAUCAUUGAAAGCCCGUUACUAACUGGAUGCAAGCUUGUUUAGCUCCAGAUUGUGUAGGCAUGGGCAAAUGGGGAAAAUGCACUAACUGACUGAAUAAGGUCAACCAUGUAGACUGGUUUGAUGUAGUAAGGUAAUAAAUACCACUGGUUAUCUCCUCUUUGUUGUUUGCCAGAAAGCUAUCUACCUCAGUGAUGCUAAGAAUGUUGCCUUUCACAAGUCAGGCCAACAUACUGUAAUUGUUUCUUAUGCUGCUGUCCAGUCUUAACUCUUGACAAGUCGGCCAUUGCAAGGGCGACAAACCUGUAAUCAUAUUAACUGUAAUUUAAUUAAGGUACUGUCUGUAAUAGUUUAAUAUAGUACACCCCACACAAGAGUGUGUAUUUUAUAGAAGAUUUUAAUAGCAAUUCAGAUGUAGCAUUCCAAUAUUGUAUAUAGUGUACCUGAAGUGUCAUACCUUCAAUGAAGGAGAGUAGGUACUUUUAAGCUUCCUUUCAAAGCUAUUUAUUUUUGUACAGGUUUUAUUUUCACAUUGUUUUAUUUUAAAUAGAUGCUGCUGGUACAACCCAAGGGACGUGUUUUCCUCGUUCAUAGAGAUGCUUACUUUGUGCUCCUGUGUGACAAAUAAUAAGAAUUCAGUCAAACUGGGAGCUAAUUAAAAUCUGCUCAAUAUUUUAUUUUUU